GAUCAUCAAUCAAUCAAUCAUCGAUCGAUCAUAGUGUUAUUGUCAUCAUUAUUAUUAUUCCGUUUCCGUGUCUCUAAUCAUCAUCAUUACUUUGAUCUAGUCUCGAUCAUUCGAUUUCAUUGAUUGUGUGGUCAUUCAUAAACAUCAUAAUCAACUAAAUCAACAAAUUAUGGUCUCAAUCAAUUCAAAUUGUACUACCACCAUGAUAAUGCCUAGCAGCAGUGCUUUGUGGUCAUCGAAUCGAAAACGAUUAAAACGCCCAUUGAUGCCAAUAGAUUCUUCAAUCAUGGCUACCAUCAUCAUGGUGAUAAUGUUGAUGACGGUAGAAUUAUCACAAUGUCAACAAUCAUCAUCAACAAUAAAAUUACAAAGAUUUCUUAUUGAACCGGAAAACGUAACCGUCGAUAUUGGUGAAUCAAUAAUAUUACCAUGUCGUAUUGCCAAUAAAGUUGGUACUGUUCAAUGGACGCGAGAUGAUUUCGGUUUGGGCGCUGAUCCACGAUUGGAAGGAUUUCCUACCUAUUCAAUGAUGCAUAAUGAUGUUACUGGUGAUUAUUCAUUAAAGAUAUCAUCAGUAACAUUAGAAGAUGAUGCAAGAUUUCAAUGUCAAGUUGGUGCAUCGGACAAACCAACUAAUAUACCGGGUAUUCGUUCACAAUAUGCCCAGCUGACAGUACGUGUACGACCAGAUAAUCCUGUUAUUGUUAUGGAUAAUCAUUUCAAUCGACAAAUACAAAUACCAUCACCAUACCAUCAUCAUCUUCAGCAACAACAACAAAAUAAUCUUCAGCAUCGAGAAGAUGUGCCAAUAUUAUCAACAACAGUGGGAAACAAAAUUGAAUUAACAUGUGAAUCGAAUGGUGGUCGUCCGGCUGCUGAGCUGGUAUGGAUUAAUUCAAAAAAUCGCCCUGUCAAAAAAGGCAUCGAAACCAAAAUAACACCAAUGAAUGAUGGCAAACGAUUUAAUACAAUGCUAAAAUGGACAUUCGAACCAACCAAAAAUGAUCAUCAAAAACGUUUAUUUUGUCGUUUGAUACAUCCAACUAUUGCUGCAAAUAAUGACAAUUCAUCAAUGGCAUCCAUCAUGUUGGAAGUUAAAUAUGCACCUGAAGUUAAAUUGGACAUAACACGAAUUGCGUCUGCUGCAGUUGAUGGUAACGCAUCACCGCCAUCGCUACAGUCAUUAUCGGUUUUCGGCGCCACAAAUCUACAUGGACGUAGUGGUGAUCGUAUCCGUAUUCGUUGUCAAGCGGAUGGUAAUCCAGGCGGUAGUGAAACAUCAAUGCAAUAUGAAUGGUUACGUAAUAAUGAACCGAUUAUUGGUGACUAUUCAAAUGAAUUAAUUAUCGAUCAAGUGGAUAAAUCAUUUAAUGGUGCAGAAAUUCAAUGCAAAGUUACUAAUUCAAUUGGUUCGGGGAAAUCAUCCGUCAAAUUAAAUAUUGCUUAUGGUCCAUCAUUUCCCCAAGCAAUGCAGUAUGUUUAUGGUUGCGAUCCAGGUGAUACAGUUCGAUUAUCGUGUCCAGCUGAUGGGAAUCCUUCGCCGGAAAUUACCUGGAUUAAAGUUGGUACAAGUUCAGUAAUAAGCACGGGAUCAAAAUUAACAUUACGUAAUGUUCGGGAAGAAAAUAUUGGUGAAUAUUUAUGUCGUGUUUCAGUGAAAGGAUUUUCUGAAAUUUCCGCUAUAAUUUAUCUUCGAUUUAAUGGUCCACCAAAGAUCCGUAAAGCAUCGUCAUUAUCAUCGAAAACAUUGCCAUCAUCCUAUCAUAGUCUACUAUAUCCAUUCAAUGAUAAUAAUGUUGGUCACAAUCGACAACAACAACACCAAUCAUCGUUGCCGUUGUUGCAGAAUAAUCGUUUCUAUGCUGUAUUAGGUGAACCUGGACAUUUAGAAUGUUUGAUUGAAUCGAUACCUGAACCAUUGGCCGUUACAUGGAUACAUAAUGGACAGAUUUUUGUUGCAAAAUCACCCGGUAAUAUUCCUACGAAUAUUGAUAUCCGUGAAGAAAUCAUACAGGAACAACCUGUUUAUCGUCGAUUAUCAUUUGAUAUUCGACAAACUUUUGAGAAUGAUUUUGGCUAUUAUAAUUGCGUUGUUGUCAAUAGUUAUGGUUCAGAUUGGUAUCUGGUUUCAUUGGAAGCAAAAACAAGUUUCUCCACCUAUGUUAUUGUUGUUGCUAUUGCUAUAGCCAUAUUGAUGUUUGUGGUAUUGAUAACAAUAUUGUUGUUGUUAUCGAUUAAACAUCGAAAUCUUAUGAAACAACAACAACAACACCAAAAGCAACCACAACAUAAUCAAUCGGAAACUGAAUCGAUGAAUGACGUAGGAAAAGAUGUAAGCAAAGAACAUUAUAUGGUUAAUUUGGAUUCGGAAAAUCCACAUCAUCAUAAUAUUUAUUCAACAAAUUCAACAACAACAGCCCGAACAAAUUCGUCUUCCGCCAAUUAUUUCCCAGAUAAAAAUGGAACAAUCAAUGAAACUGGUACAGUGAUAACUCGAUCUGGAUCGACAAUAACCGAAGGAUCAUCAAAACGUUCAUCAACAUCAUCAACAUUUCCGUUUCAUUUAGAUUCACAAAAUCCGCAUCAUCAUGAUGCUAGCAGUUUAUCGCCUGGACCGAAUGGCAUUAUAAGUCGAACGAUUAAUAGUUUGCAUCAGCGGCGAUAUUCUCCGCAUCAACAAACAAUGUUUAGUUCGAAUGAUGUUUCUCAUCUUCCACAUUAUCAUCAUCAUUUUCAACAGCAUCGGCCAACAUCGCCGCCACCAUCCUUUUUUGCCAACUCAAUGUUCGAUAACACAGCAGCAUCAUCCAAUAACGAUGCAGCCGAAUCGGAUGAUCAUCAGCAAAUUGUUUCGAUGCCACCACCAUUAUUAUCAUCGACAUCAAAUUAUUCAACAUUAACCCGUCAUUUACAAUCCAUGCCAUCCAAUCGUAAUUCAUAUUCACCAUAUCUAGCACAACAACAACAAUUCUGUCAACAACAACGAUUUGAUAAUCACAACGCCGUACCAUCAUCCACAUCCGCAGAUAUGUAUCCACCAUAUUCUCAAUCGCCAAUUACCGUUACAGCGGCAACUAAUCGAUUACGAUCAACACCGAUGCCAACACCAACGCCAUCUUUGGCCAAAGAAUUGGAUAAUUGCAUUUCAAAAACAAGCAUUGCCACACAUGUUUGAUUUACAUGUUACAUUUUUAGUCGAUCUUAUCAUUAUUUUGGAUUUUUUUGUUCCGUUUUCGUUUUUUAUGUUUCAAAAAAUGUAAAUAGUUUUUUUUCUUUUUUCCUUAACACAUUGUAUUCAUCAUCCAUUUUUUUGAAUCUA